CAAAUUUAUAUAAUUAUAACAAGCUUAUAAGUUAUAUACUAGAUUUACACAUAUAUGUAUGUUCAAAAAACUAUUUUCUUUGGUGUCAGUCCUAUCCAUUCAACUUCGGUGAUCUAACAAUCAGCGUAUCUGUAUUAUUUAAUUACCUGGAAAAUAGUAUCAAAGUACCUUGGGAGGAUCUUCGUUACUUAUUUGGAGAAAUAAUGUAUGGAGGCCAUAUAACAGAUGAUUGGGAUAGAAGACUAUGCAAGACAUAUUUAGUGGAAUAUUUGAAAACAGAAUUAGUUGAAGGUGAAUUAUACCUUGCACCAGAUUUUUUGGUACCACCAAAUAGUGAUUAUGAUGCAUAUCAUCAGUACGUUGAUAACUACCUACCUGCUGAAAGUCCUGUUCUGUACGGACUUCACCCCAAUGCAGAAAUUGGGUUUUUAACACAAACUGUGGAAAAUUUGUUUAAAACGUUAUUGGGUAUACUAACAAGAACUGCCAGCGAUACAACAAGGUUUUUAACACAAACUGUGGAAAAUUUGUUUAAAACGUUAUUGGGUAUACUAACAAGAACUGCCAGCGAUACAACAAGCGGAGAUAUUUCAAAAGAAGACAAAAUAAAAGGACAAAUAGAAGACUUAUUGGACAAACUACCAGAAGAAUUUAACAUGCUAGAACUUUACAGCAAGGUGGAAGAUCGUACACCAUUUGUCACAGUUGCUUUACAAGAGUGCGAACGAAUGAAUCUACUGUGUGAAGAACUUAGAAGAUCCCUGCAAGAAUUAGAGUUAGGCUUAAAAGGAGAAUUAACUAUUAAUGCUGAGAUGGAAGACCUACAAAGUUAUAUAAUGAUGGAUGCCGUCCCACCGUCUUGGACAAAAAGAGCUUACCCUUCAGAAUUAGGAUUAAACAGUUGGUUCACGGAUAUGUUGUAUCGAAUAAAUGAAUUAUCUAAUUGGACUGCUGAUUUUAACUUACCAUCGUCGGUAUGGCUAGGUGGUUUCUUCAAUCCUCAAUCAUUUCUAACUGCAAUUAUGCAACAAACCGCACGCAGAAAUGAAUGGCCAUUGGACAAAAUGUGUUUAUAUUGCGAAGUACUGAGAAAAACCAAAGAAGAAGUCACGUAAUUAUUAAAAACAUUACUCCGUCAUUCUUUCAAACAUGCCCUUUAUUUUUAUUUUUCCUUUUUAUUUUUUGGCGGAAUCCAGGAUUUAUUUUCGCAGCAUCAAUUUUUUGUAGUCGUACGAAAGUACUAUUAUAUAUAUUCAUUAUAUUAUAUAUCAUAUAAUACUAUUAAAUACAUGUGUAUAUACAAAUAUUUUAAACUAUUAAUAAAUAAAGAUAUCUU